AUGUCUGGGCUUGAGGUUCUUGGAGCCGUGGCGGCUGCAGUCCAGCUGGCGCAAUUGACGGCCAAGACGGUCGGCUUCGUGCGGAAGAUUUCAGAGAUCGAGUCCCAAUACUCUGACCUGUGCAAUGAGAUUAAUUUCAUUAAAGACAUCUGUGAUGAGGUGCAGAAACGCUCAAGCACAGGCAAUAUCACAGCUGGAUUUCUAGCGCAGAAAAAGGAGCUGCUGGAGAGCACCAAGACGACACUUGAAGAAAUAUCGAAGCAAUUGGAAGCCAUAAAACAAAGAUCGGAGCGCUUCACGAAGCAGGGCGAACCUGAAGCCAGCAAGACGAAAUGGAUCAUCAGGGAAGGGAAAAUCGCUGCGCUGCUCGAGAAGGCCCAGAAAGCUAAGACGAACCUUCAUAUCUCCAUGAAUAUUCAAUCAGCCAUUGAGAUCGGGGAAGUGAAUAAGACGAUGCAAGCAAUGAGUCUUCAGAUAGACGAAAUCUGUAAGCUCAUGUCGCAGAAAAUGCUGACGCAGGAAUGCGUCGUGAUUUUCGCCCGAGACAAGUCCCCUAUUCGGCAAGCUGAUGCGAAUUCGAUGGGCAUCCGCGAGCUUGAGGGCGGUGAGCAAGAUCCUGGCAGUGAUAAAUUAGAACCCCAGGCGGAUGGACCUUUGACCAUCGCCGUCACGGAUCAGACGAUUGAAAGAACGACCGCAUGGAUGGCUUUGCAGAAGAAGUGCUCUUACGAAUGCCGGUGCCGAUGCCACGCUAACCUUUGUCAGUUGUCGAUCGGACCGCUACAGUUGAGAUUCAGACCACCGACAGCCACGAGCAAAUGGGAACGGGGUUGUGGCUGCAACAAGUCCGAGGUGUUGUCCGUGGGAUGGCGGCUUCCUGGCCAGUGA